AUGCUAUCUUUAGCCCAGGUACGUGUUCGUUUGGGUGCACGUCGUGGUUUUAUUUGUCGUAUGCGUUUUGGCCACAACCUUUCUAGCUCAGGACAACCUCCGCGUACAAGUAUUUGCAAUCCUACCUCUUAUUUGCUUCAGCAGUCGCAUUAUAAUCACACUCGCCAUCAACAACGCUACGUAUCUAGUACUUCUACUGCGGUCUCUACUCCCUUGCCUGCUGUCGAUUUUACGAACGAUGCUCCUGGUGAUAACAUCAAUAACCUUGACACCAUCACAAGCUCUGGCGGAUCGAUAGAGGCCAUGGCGCCCCCAGCAUUUGCCCUUGUGCAUGUCACCGGCUUUGUUAAGUCUUGGCCUGUUAACAAUAGCUCAUCAGCUCAUCAAACCAAUCAAUUCCACUCAUUAACAAAUGGAAAUGCACUCGCCGCCCCUAAUCAAGGCGCAAGAAGCUCUUAUUCUGCUAAUCAGGGCGUUCUCUCUCUGCUAGGUGAGGAUAUAUCUAACUAUUUAUAUUGA